AAAUGGCGUCAGCGUCUUCUCAGGAGGAGGACUCCUUCACUUGUCCAGUCUGCAUGGAGCUGUUGAGGGAUCCAGUGACAACUGCCUGUGGACAUAAUUUCUGUAUGAAGUGCAUUAAGGGCUGCUGGGAUCAGGAGGAUAGUAAAGGAGAAUACAGCUGCCCCCUGUGCAAAGACACCUUCAACUCCAGGCCUGUCCUCCGCAAAAACCGCCUGAUGGCUGAAAUGGUUGAGAAGUUCAGGAAGACCAGCAUCCAAGCUGCUGCUCCUGAUCACUGUUAUGCUGGACCUGGAGAUGUGGCCUGCGACGUCUGCACCGAGAGAAAACUCAAAGCUGUCAAGUCCUGUCUGGAGUGUCUGAUGUCAUACUGUGACACUCACCUGAAAGCUCACAAUGCACUUACAGGUAGAAAUCACACCAUGUUUGAUGCCACGGGCCAGCUACAGGAGAGGAUUUGCCCCCGUCAUAAGAAGGUUUUUGAGAUAUUCUGCCGUACUGACCAGAGUUGCAUCUGCUAUCUGUGUACGAUGGACGAUCAUAAAGGCCAUGACACAAUCACAGCUACGGCAGAGUGGAGUCAUAAAAAGGAGGGGUUGGGGCAGAGCCAGAGGAGAUGCCAGCAGAUAAUCCAGUUGAAGGAGAAGGAGCUGCAGGAGUUGAGGAAGGCUGUGGAGACUCUCAAGUCUGGUGCACAGACAGCAGUGAAUCAGAGUGAGAAGAUGUUUUCUGAGCUGAUCCGCUCCAUUGAGAGAAGGUGCUCUGAGGUGACAGAGCUGAUCAGAGCUCAGGAGAAGGCUGAGGUGAGUCGUGCUGAAGGACUCCUGAAGCGACUGGAGCAGGAGAUUGCUGAGCUGAAGAGGACAGAUGCUGAGAUGAAGCAGCUUUCACUGACACAGGAUUCCAUCCAUUUCCUCAAGAUCAUCCAGAGCAUGCAGUAUUCCUGUCACUUCACUUUGGAUCCAAACACAGCAAACACCUGGCUCCAUAUGUCUGAGGGGAACAGGAGGGUGGAGUACAGACGUGGAGCCCAGUCAUAUCCUGAUCAUCCAGACAGAUUUAAUUUGUAUGCUCAGGUGCUGUGUAGAGAGGGUGUGUCUGCACGCUGCUACUGGGAGGUUGAGUAUACUUGUUCUAGUGGAGGGUUUGUCAUUAUAGCAGUGUCAUAUAAAAGCAUCAGCAGGAAAGGAAAGGGUAAUGAGAGUUGGUUUGGAUUUAAUGAUCAGUCCUGGAGCCUGUACCUCGGCAGCUCCUACUCCAAUUUCUGGCACAAUAAGAAACAGGCUAAACUCCCUCUAGUGACCAGCUCCAGAAUAGGAGUGUAUGUGGAUCACAGGGCAGGAACUCUGGCCUUCUACAGCAUCUCUGGAGACACAAUGACCCUCCUGCACAGAGUCCACACCACAUUCACACACACUCUCUACCCUGGGUUUUUGGUAUGGAGUGGGUCAUCAGUGAAGCUGUUGUGAGGCCCGUACAGAUAAAUGCUGCUCCUGUGGGUC